UCCAAAGACAUCCGGAUUCGGGUUGACUCCGAAGUUCAGCGCAACUUUACACAGCUAUUCGGCAAUAGAAUACACUUUGAAAAUUCGGCAGCAACUGAAAUGAUUCUCCUGCAAAUCUAGACCCUUAUAAUUACUGGUCUGCAAUCCGGAAUGCGAGAAUAAGUGAGUUCACAGUACAGAACUUGCCAUAUUCUGCGAGCUACCACCAGAUGAGCUGCAAAUUGACCCAAAGGAACGUAAUGAGGAACGAGGAUUGAGGUGAAGGUGUGCAGAGUCAGAGGAAGACAGACAGAGACCUAGCUGGAGGUAGCAAAUUAUGGCGAUUGUGUCCGUCCAUCAAAAAACGACUUUCGCAUUUAGGAUCUUUGGGGAAAGUUUUUUGUGGGUUGGGAGUCGGAUUGUUGCGAGUGAAUGUAGGCAGUGUUUGAAUUUUGGAAGGAGUGGGUUUAUGGGGACGAGGAUCUAGGAGGUAAUUGAAGGGGAGGUUUAGGGUUUGGAGUGGGAAGGGCAAGGGUUGUAGAAGAGUUGGUAUGAAUUAGGCGAGGAAGUGCAGAGGAUGGAGAAUGGUAUAGUUCCGGUGGCGAUGAGAGGGGAGCAUGACACCGGGCAGAGCAUUGCAUUCGAGAUUGGCUCUAGAGGGCUGGAGGUCGAUUUGAAGAUUGAGCGAGGGGAGAGAGUGGCGAUGGCGGAAAACGUUGCAAUCGAUGAGCGUCGAACCGUAGUCGAAGCUGCGCAUGAUCUCGUAGGAAGCAGUGGCCUCGAUGCAUUGAAUCACAACCCCGGAGUUGAGCAUAACCUGGAAGAUUGCGAGAAUGGUGACAGGAGAAGGGGCGAUGGCGUAUUGAUGGUAGAGCAUAAACAUCAUGAGAUCGUUAUGCGACGAGACAUGCAUGCAGGGACGGAACCUCGAGAGGCUGGAAUUGUGGAGGAGGAACCGAUGGGCAUGGAUGAAGACGCUCCGACUACUCCUACCGGGCUAGCCGGUGGAGAGGUGGACAGGAAAGACCGCAUAUAUAAGAAAGGGCCUUGGAGCGUUUCCGAGAUGCUGGUUUUGCAAUCUGCUAAGAGGGAGGAUGUGGUUAGAGCAGGAAAAGGUGCUCCAGGCAUUAAGCACAGGACUGCUCAGGAGAAAUGGCAAUCCAUUGAAGAUUACUGCUGGUCGCAUUUUGUGCAGCGAAGCGCACAGCAGUGCCAGGACAAGUGGGAGUCCAUGAGCGCUGAGUUCAAAAAGGUGAAGGACUUUGAGUGCGGAAUACUGCCAGGCCAGAAACCCUACUGGCACAUGACCAUCGACGAGCGCAAGUCCGUUCGAGUGCCGCCAAACUUCCAGAAGGAAGUUUAUACUGCGCUGUGGGAGUGGUACGACAAGAAUCGGGUCAUUGAGCCGGGCACAGGAAUGGUUUUGACCAACAUCUCCAAAAUUGAAGAAAUGAAAGUACACUCUCCAAUUGCUGGAGGUUCGUCGUCACCAUCUGGACCCGUGUCACAAAGUAGGAAAAGACUAGUAGAGCGUGCUGCAACUCGCGUUCCUCGAAAAUUGUCUCGAGUUGAAGGCAUUUCCGUACCAGGAAACUUGGAUCCUCGGCUUAUGACGCUAGCCGAAAGAGAAGCCUACGCCAUUUUCGAAUUGGGAGAUUUUGUGCUCAAAGAAGGUGCUACCUUAAGAGGGGCUAAAUUAGCGUACAAAACAUGGGGUACAAUUAACGAGGAUCGGAGCAAUGCGAUUGUGUACCCAACUUGGUUUUUAGGCAGGCAUUGGGAGAACGACUGGCUCAUUGGGCCUGGCAUGGGGUUAGAUCCAUGCAAAUAUUUCAUCAUCAUUCCCAACAUGCUGGGCAAUGGCCUAUCUACUUCUCCAAGCAAUUGCUCACCUCCUUACAACAAGGCCCGGUUCCCCAAGGUCAGAGUGGAGGAUAAUGUUAGAGCUCAGUACAGGUUAGUGACUGAGCAGUUUGGAAUCCGGAGGCUUAAGUUGGUACUUGGCUGGUCGAUAGGGGCUGGCCAAGCAUUUCAAUGGGCUACUAGCUUUCCUGAUAUGGUUGAACGCAUUCUUCCUUUCGGUGGUUCAGCACGCACAAGUCCACACAAUUUUAUCCUUCUUGAAGGUAUUAAGGGAGCUUUGACAGCUGACAGCGCAUUUCAGGAUGGCUGGUAUGAAAAGCUACCAUCGAAGGGGCUUCGUGCAUCUGCGCGGGUUUAUGCAGGCUGGGGUUUUUCGCAAUCUUUUUACUGGAAUGAGGUUUGGAGGGAGAUAGGCUACUCAAGCCUGGAAGACUUCUUGGUAGGAUUUUGGGAAGGUUUUAUCUUGGACCGAAGAGAUCCAAACAAUCUGCUGACCAUGUUGUGGACUUGGCAAAAUGGUAAUAUCGGUCUCACGGAAGGAUUUGAUGGAAGCGUGGAGAAAGCUUUGGCCUCUAUUCGAGCCAAGGCCAUUGUUAUGCCAGCUCAGCAGGAUAUUAUUUUUCCCGUCUCUGAUGAAGAAUAUGAGGUUAAGUUUAUGCAGAAUGCAGAACUUCGGGUCAUACCUGGUGUAUGGGGUCACUUUGCUGGUGCUGGUCUGAAUGCAGUUGACACGAAGUUUAUUGACAACGCAGUGCGAGAUCUCUUGUCAAUGUAAUUUAUCUACAUUACUUUUUAGUGUUAAAAUGACAACACCUCUCAUGGUAGUUUUGCGUCAUCUCUAGGUCUGAUGUCCUUGUAGCAGGCUUCAGUGUAGGCCUGAAGGAGUGGGGGAGAACACUUGUAGGAUAAUUAUCUUGGGUUGGAACCAGUCAUAUUUUUGAAUUUAUGGGUUGAAUGGGCCGAAGGUGUACAUUACUAUUGAGUCUGCAGGUUUUCCUUGGGACUGCAGAUUUCUUGGUACAGUUGUGUCAGCAAGUACGCAGUAUCAUUUUCUUUCAGGACGAUGACUUGUGUACUUAGUAACCUCUAGAUGGUCCGCACUUCCUUAAAAGCCUGUCGACUACUAAAUAUGUUGGUUUUGAGAAAAUGCUUAUUUCACAUGUAGAACUCGGACUUUUCUAUCCACGGUGGUAGUUGCCGUCGGCACCGGUUGGAGCA